AUGGCGUUGUACGAGACCUCUGAUGCCUUGACAUGUAGGGCAUUCCCCACCACUCUGAGUGGACCGGCCCUCGCGUGGUAUGGCGGCUUGAAGACCGGAACGGUCGCAUCCUUCGACCAGCUCGUCAGUGACUUCGAGCUCCACUUCAUAGCCUGCGCGCGACCGAAACCUUCCAUGGCGUUCCUCCUCGGACUCAACCAGAAGGAGGACGAGCCCCUCUCCCUUUAUAUAAAUCGCUUCGCGUCAAAAAUCCGGGAGCUGCCGAACGCUCACCCUUCUUUGUCAAUGCAGGCGUUCGUGAGAGGCUUGUGCCCCUCCAAGCUUUUUUGGUCUCUUGUGGAGCGACCCCCCGUCUCGAUUCCCAAGAUGCUCCAGCGCGUGAACCAAUUCGUUGAGGCCGAGGCCUGGAUGAUGGGGAAGCGGCCGGAGCAUAAGAGGGAAAGGUCGGAGCCAGCUCGUGGAUAG